AUGAAAUUCCUCAUCUGUUUGGCUCUCCUCUUCGCCGUUGCCCAGGCCAACCCCGGCUUGGUGGCUCCUUUGACAUAUUCCGCCGCUGCCGUUCCCGCUUAUGCCUCCUACGCCGCCGCACCCUACGCCGCGUACUCGACCUAUGCCGCACCAGCUGUUGCUACCUACUCCCACGCUGCUUACUCUGCUCCAGCUGUGGCCACUUACUCACAUGUUGCUGCCCCAGCUGUCUACAGUGCUCCUGUUGCCCGUUUUGCGGCUGUUGCUCCAGUAGCACCAAUAGCACCAGUCACCUAUACCGCCCCUGUUGUAUCCACUCUUUUGAAGAAGAAGUGA